AUGCCUGUCAAGGAUGGAGAGCUCUAUUUACUUGAACGCGCGUCAUUCUCCUUCCCUUCCCUUACACCUCUCUCCACGAGUGCAGGAAAGGUCAACCCCUUCGGACCACCGACUCGCGAGGAGUGGCGCACUCUCUGGUCGGCUUGGGACCUUGUAACGCUCAGGAUGAUCCCUCCCGAAAUGCUACAUCAGAAACCCAUCGACCUGCGCCAUAAGUGCUUAUUUUAUAUUGGACAUAUACCCACUUUCUUGAAUAUAUUGAUGUCGCAUUUGUUCAAAGAGCCUUAUACAGAACCUAGGAGCUAUACCCAGAUUUUUGAGCGUGGUAUUGAUCCUCAUGUCGAUGAUCCGGAUUACUGCCAUUCGCACUCUGAAGUACCAGAAGCUGAUGAAGACUGGCCAGUCCUUCACGACAUUUAUGCAUAUCGCGACCGUAUCCGAGACCGUCUGAUGAAGAUCUAUGACGACUUUGAUUCUGGGAAACGGAAGCUCACUCGAAGUGUAGCUCGCGUGUUGCAAAUGACACUCGAGCACGAGGGAUUCCACAUUGAGACGCUUUUGUACAUGCUCGUCCAGCGUGCCGGUUCCGGAACACUUCCUCCGCCGGGAUUCACGACUCCACCUUGGACUGCCCUCGCUGAGCAAUGGGCAUGCAUUCCCGCACCUUCUACGUCCUCGGUCACGCUUGGUCCAGCAGUCCUUGUGAUGGGACACGAUGACGCAGAAUCAGACGAUCUCCUUCCUGAGUUGGAAGACGAUGUGCAAGAGCAUGAAUUCGGUUGGGAUAAUGAAUCUCCGCGUCGCGAGGUGCAGGUGGGACGUUUCCGAGUGGAUUGGAGGCCUAUCACAAACGGCGAGUACUUUGCGUUUUGGGAGCAGUCCAGAACGGCAGACGACAUUCCUGGUAGUUGGGUCGAGAACAAUGGACAAAUUCUGGUCCGAACGUUGUACAGCCCUAUUCCGAUGUCAAUAGCGGAACACUGGCCUGUCCUCGCAUCGUACGACCAGCUCCAUGCCUACGCAAAGUCAAAAGGCGGACGUAUCCCCACCGAACCUGAGUUACGUCUAUUCCUGGACACUUAUCAAGUCGGCUUUGAUCAAGGCGCGAAUGUGGGAUUCAGGAAUUGGCAUCCCGUCCCAGCAACUGCUGGUUGCGGAAAUGGUGCUGGUUCGAACGGUGGAGUCUGGGAAUGGACAUCUACUACGUUUGACACACAUCUUGGACUCUCGCCGACGAAACACUUCCCAGGUUACUCGACUGACUUCUUCGACGGCAAGCAUCAGGUCGUGCUUGGUGCUUCCUAUGCAACCAUCCCGAGGCUUGCUGGAAGGCGAACCGUGCGCAACUUCUACCAGCACAAUUAUCCUUACGCUUGGGUCGCUGCACGAGUUGCGUAUGAUGUUUAA